AUGAAUGCCAAUAGAAAGAUGAAGGAUCCGGAUUGGAAGAAGCCAUCUUUGAAAAUGUUAUAUCUUAAGUGCAUCCAGUUGACAGAAUUUGAAAUCUUAUGGAUGGCGCACCUCAGAAUCAACUUUGAAGAGGUUUUUCUGUCCUGCACUUUCUAA